UGACGAGUCUCAGAUUGGCAGCCAAAUCGACUUCUGUUCAUCCCUCAGAAAUCUUUCAAUUGUUUCUCGAUCACGAUCUUUCAUCAGUCUUCCGGCAAUGACAAACAACAACUUCCAGGUGGCCGUAGUUGGCCUCGGUGCUCUUGGUAGCGCAGCAGCCUAUCAAGCCGCCAUCAAAGGAGCCACUGUCAUCGGUUUCGAGCAAUAUGACUUUGGCAACAUCUACGGAUCUUCACACGACACAUCACGUAUCGUCAGAACUUCUUAUGGGUCACCAGACUAUGUAGCACUUGCUCGUGCAGCUUACAAGGACUGGGCUGAACUGGAACGUCGAAGUGGUCUUCGAAUGCUGACCAUCACUGGAGGUGUUGUCUUCUUCCCCAAACUGGCUGAUGAUGGAGCAUCUCUGAAUAAGUUCGAGAAAAGUAUGAGUGCUUCUGAGUUUAUGAGAAGCCUUGACGCAAACAAUAUCCCAUAUGAACUCCUCAGCUCUCAGGAAGUCGAGAAGCGAUGGCCUUCUUUCGACAUUGCGGAUGGUGUUCAGACCAUCUACACUGCCGAUUCGGGAAUUGUGCACGCUUCCAAAUCUGUGGCGGCAAUGCAAUAUCAAGCUCGCGCCAAUGGAGCUGUUCUCAAGGAAAAGACGCGCGUGGACGCAUUGAUCCCGGACUCCAACGGAAAAGGCAUGGCUAUCAAGACAUCCCGAGGACAAUUCCACGCCGACAAAGUAAUAUUGGCAUGCGACGCCUGGACCAACAAGCUCAUCGCUCCCCUUGGCACAAACAUUCCGCUCCAGAUCAUGCAAGAACAGGUCACCUACUACAAGCCAGCCGAUGUAACGCCAUUCGACGAUACGAAAUUUCCUGUAUGGAUCUGGGCUGGUAACAAAUACUUCUACGGAUUUCCCAGUUACGGCGAGCCAACAAUCAAGGCAGGCCGUGACACAUCCAACAACUUCAUGACACCCGAGGAGCGAACCUUUGUUCCAUCUAAUGAUCUGUUCAACGAAUUGUCCUCUUUUAUGGGCGGUCUAAUACCUGACAAGGGCCAGGCCAUCCGAACAGUCACUUGUCAAUAUGCUAUUACGCCCGAUCGUCAAUUCGUUAUCAGUCCUCUUAAGAAUCAUCCAAAUGUCAUUGUGGGCUUAGGUGGAGGUCAUGCAUUCAAGUUUGCUCCAGCCAUUGGCCGUGUUCUGGCAGAGCUUGCGAUAGAUGGUGAGACGAAGGAGGAUAUCUCGAAUUUUGGCAUCCCUAGGGUAGGAGCAGAUAGCAAGCUUUAGAAGUAAUUAGCAUGCGUUAAUUAGAUAUCAC